AUCCGUCACAUCCGAUCGUUAGUUGAUCAUAACGAGCUGCAAAGCAAACUUUCGUGAUAUUCUAUUCAACCGUUGGCAUCCGAUAUCGAUUUUAAAAUGCCUCCUCUUGGUGCCCAUGGCUCAGAGUAUGCGCUACUCCAGUUCGGCUUCCACUGUAGCUAACAGCGCGACAGGUUGCGAGACCUCGCAAACCAUCUGGUAUCCAACGGUUGCGUAAAGUCGAUGCCGGCUUCGCGUCGCGUGCGCGUAAUAUACAACAACACUGUCAUUGUUGAUUCGACAAAGGGUAUCUUUGUUUGGGAACAUCCGUGGUAUCCUCAUUACUACUUCCCGGUGACUGAGAUUAAAAAUGCAACCCUAGGAGACGCUGAGAUAAUAGAAGGCACUGGCAAUGGCUCACACCUGGCUGCACUAUCGACGCUGACAGUAGCAGCUAGAGAGGAUGAAGGUAUAAAACAUGCAUCAACUGAUCGAGUUCUUCGCUUUGUAGACGAUGCGAAACUGGGGCCAUUGGCCGGCCUGGUCCGGUUGGAGUUUGGCUCCAUGGAUCAGUGGCUUGAAGAGGAUAUUCCCAUCUAUGUGCAUCCAAAGGACCCCUUCAAGCGGGUUGAUAUUUUGCCGUCGUCUCGAGAGAUCGAAGUGCGUGUUGAUGGUCAGACAGUAGCCAAAUCGUCGUUUGCAAUGCAUCUCUUUGAAACAGGCCUGCCUACAAGAUACUAUCUGCCACUUGGGUCUGUCAACGUCUCUGUUUUACGUCGGAGUGACUUGACGACCAAGUGUCCUUACAAGGGGGAGGCGGAAUACUAUCAUAUUUUUGUAGGCGGUAAGACGCAUGAGAAUUUGGUGUGGUAUUACCGAAAUCCAAUUCAGGAAAGCAUUGGAAUUGCCGGCUUGGUCUGCUUUUACAAUGAGAAAGUCGAGAUUCUUGUCGAUGGAGAAAAGAUAUAAGAGAUUCAAAGCUGGGUUCGGUUACUCAUUGGCGAGAGCUUCUUUUAGUGGCCGCUUCGAUCGAUCUAGACCUUGCAUCCCGAUUGCGCGCCUUGCAGUUAGAUUCAAUUCAUCUGUUUCAAUUAGACGCGAUGUUAUCUUAUAGGAAGAGCUAUUCAUUGACGGAAAAUUUACAUCCUUGUGACGCCGGGAAAAUAGGUGUCACGCCGAUCGAUGUAGCUUACCGGCUGUCAACUGCCGGCUGCCAGCUGAUCGUAAAUACAUAACCCCGAAGCCCGUACUACACCUGCCAGCAGCACCCAUUGCGAAC